AUUUAUGACAAAAUAAUAAUAGGAAAUUCUAAAUACCCCUAAUCUUGUCUAAUUAUUUUUCGAACAUUUAUGCUAUAUCGGAAAUAUCGUUGAUUUCACUCGUACAGUUAAGAUGGUUUAAAAGUGAAUAUGCAAAUUUGUAUAAUGAGUUGUAUUCAUUUUUAGUUCAAACGUUUCUUCGUUUAAUACAAAAGAAAACUAGACAAGAAGAAGUUAUUCUUUUUUAAGAAAGGAAAAAGAAAAAAAAAGAAAAGAAAGAAAGGAAGAUCUAAUAAUCAUUUAGGAUAAAUAAUAAUAUAGUAUAGAUUAAUAAUAGUAUAGAAGCAAAAGUUAAUAAUUAGUUUCGACGAGUAACCUCGAAAGAAUUCGAAGAAGAAGUAUUACAAAUCACAAGAACGAUGGAAGUAUCAAAUUUGUCACCCACACUUAAACAUAGAAGGAAAUUUGAACGCAUCAAAACGAUUAAUACGAACUAUAACGACACAUCAUUCGUUAAUCAUAACUCCGAUCUAUAUACAAUAAGUAAACUAUAUGCUUGUAUUAAUCAGAAAGCUCAGACGUUAACAGACUGUUGUAAAGAGUCCACAGACAAGUGUCUUUUGCAAGAGGAGAAGGAUUUUAUCGAUCCGAUUGACGUCUCCAGUAUUCAGACGAGCAACAUUAUUGAGAUGAAUAAAACUAUAUUGAAACUUAUCCAUUAUCAGAUAACAAUCUUUACUCUAAUUGCAAUAUUUGGAACAUUGUUCCUUUGUUUGUAUAUGGAUCACGCAGAAUUACGAUUCAUGUAUAUAUCGGAAACGGCUUAUUAUUUUCCUGAGACAAGUUUUUUCGCGCAAUUUAUGAAUUUGAUCGUAUUAUUUGGGAGUAUAGCUGUAUUCUUGAGACACUUUCUAUUACUUCAAUUUAUACGAGAUAGAGGUGAAAAUGUGAUAACAAAAAAAUUCAGCAAUAUAUCUACUUUAUUUAGUUCAAUGAUGAUUAUGGGUAUAAGUAUACUUGGUAAUUUUCCAAUUGUUCAACCUUGCUAUGUUAUCCAUUGUACUGGUGUAUUAUUAUAUUUUCUUGGUGUCACUGGCUAUUCAAUUACUCAGACUAAAAUCACUAAAAGGAUGAUUGGUAUUGUCUCCGAUUACUAUAUUUAUUACAUACGAAUUAUCGCAACAAUAAUAUUGUUUAUAUUAGUUGUAUUAAUUUUGAUACCUGGUAUAAUCAUAUAUUUACCAUUCAACGAUACGAAUUAUACAAAAUGGACCGAACAAGGUAAUAAUUGGUUCUUACAUAAUGUAAGUGUUGUUGCAGAAUGGUUGCAUGUAAUUUUUUGCAGCUUAUUCAUAGUUACUUUCGUAUAUGAAUACGAAGCAAUAUGUUUCGAGAUGUUCAAGAUUAAGAUAAAUUAUUUGGACAAGAGGACGAAGAAAGAAUUGAGAUCGGAAAUCUGAAUGUACAAAAUAAACGAUUAUUUUUAAUGAUAAUCGAUCUGAUCUCGAUAAUGAUAAAUCGAUAACAAAAUGAUAUAUAAUUAUUUAACAAUAAGCUUUUGCAAUCACAAUGCAAAAUAUAUUGAAGUUAUCCAAUUGUAUCGAAUGG